CAACUUUCAUGACGCCCGACGCACUUCUGGGUUGACGCACUCGCCUCUCAUUCCGUUUCAGUGCAAGUAUGGUCGAUUCCGAUGAAGAGUAUACAGGAGAAAUCUCUGAGGAUGAAGAUGAAAGCAAUAUCUUAUCAGGAUCUCGUGGAGAUACUGCGGGCGCAUCCCGUUCGAAGAGGAGAAAGCACCGUGGAGGCGCAGAAUGGGAAGUCUCGAGAACAUGGGAAACCUUAGUUGAAGGUGCCGACGGCACAAUCAGCUCUACAGUCGAAGGGCUUCUUGAAGCUGGGAAAAGGAAAAGGCUCCUCAGAGAUACGACUCCCUUACAACGGGGUAUAAUCCGCCAUCUCAUUCUGAUCAUAGAUCUGUCACAAUCCAUGACCGAGAAAGAUCUCCGACCCACACGCUAUCUAUUGUCCCUACGGUAUGCACAAGAGUUUGUGAGGGAGUUUUUCGAGCAAAAUCCCAUUUCUCAACUCGGCGUUCUUGGCCUCAAAGAUGGAUUGGCGGUUAGAGUCAGUGAUAUGAGCGGAAACCCUACGGAGCAUAUCAGUGCCAUCCAAUCAUUGCGAGACCAGGAUCCGAAGGGUCUUCCUAGUUUGCAGAAUGGCUUCGAAAUGGCUCGUGGUGCUUUGUUCCAUACCCCAAGCCAUGGCACCCGUGAGAUUUUCGUCAUAUUUGGCUCCCUCCUUUCCUCCGAUCCCGGUGAUAUUCACCAAACGAUAACUACGCUCAUCAACGACAAAAUUCGUGUUGGAAUCGUGGGCCUUGCCGCCCAAGUGGCCAUCUGCCGCGAAAUUUGUGGCAAGACUAACGGGGGUGAUGAUACCACAUACGGUGUAGCACUCAAUGAACAGCAUUUCCGUGACCUUGUGAUGAAUGUGACAACACCGCCAGCCACCUACUCUCAGAAGCAGUCCACAAGCUCUCUCUUGAUGAUGGGUUUUCCAUCACGAACAGUCGAGGCUUACCCUUCACUUUGUGCUUGCCAUUCCAAGCCUUCUCGUGGGGGAUAUCUGUGCUCACGGUGUAACAGUAAGGUUUGUGGUCUCCCUGCCGAGUGUCCUUCCUGCGGUCUUACUUUGAUCCUUUCAACCCAUCUUGCUCGGUCAUAUCACCAUCUGUUUCCCCUUAUGAAUUGGGUGGAAGUUUCGUGGCAACAUGCCUCGCGCAGUAGUGUCUGUUUCGCAUGUGGGAUCUCCUUUCCACCAGUACCACCCAAGGAGCAGUGGCAUAUUUCAGAGGGACAGGCAAAGGGAAUGAGCGUAAGCAGCCGGUAUGAAUGUACUGUGUGCAAAAACCAUUUCUGCAUUGACUGUGACCUUUUCGCUCAUGAGGUUGUGCACAACUGCCCUGGCUGCCAAAGCAAGGUGAUAAUACCUACGAGUUCCGAGCCCUCUCAGAACCACGAAGCUCUAGACAGGAUGGAUACCUCUGCAUGAUCAUAUGGUUGAUUGCGAAUAAUAAAUCAAUAGAAUGGCCGUGGGGCUCACUUUCUCGGUCGGAUAUGUAGAUGCCCCCGCCAUCGCUCUCGCUAGCGCGACCCAGUCUAUUAUCAGUCGAGCUGUCAAACUAACCGCCAGUCGAACAAAGUAACAUAAAACCAGAGGCGGGCUAUCAUACCUCAUAAUAAUUAUCAAUUGAAAUGUCGGC